UGUGUGUGUGUGUGUGUUAGACAGAUGAUUCGGCGGCAAUAUUGCAUCUAUUGCUGCAAAAAGGCGAGGAUCGCUGUCAGAAGUUCAUCUCCCUGGUGCUGAAGAACCCCGAGGUUCAGGAAACCUACCCCAGGCUUGAAGCCCUGGACUGGGCCUCCUUGGACUCCCCUCCCCCCCUCGUUCCAGAAAGAACCUCCAUGCCAGGCCAGGGCCCAAGACCGGAGAGGAGAGACAUACCGGGGUUUGGAGGCCAUUGGGCUCCUGGAUCUCCGACCAUAGUGAAUUAUUACAACAUCGUACUGCGGUGUGACUGUGCAGCAGCACAGUGUGUGGCUGAGCAGCAGCAGAACCGAACCGUACCUAAGAACCUUGCAACGGAUGUCUUCAAAAGAAUUGGAAUUGGAAAAGAGAUUAAUAAGAUUUACAAUUUUGUAUAUAAGGAAUGGGGCAUAAUUGUAAAACGUAUUUGUAGAUAUAAACGUGAAAAUACGAGUAUUAGUAUAUUAGUAAAAUACACUUUUUCUGGAAAAUGUACAGUCGACAAACAAAUCCAAAAGUUCAAUAAAAUAAAUGAGGCCAAAACUAAGUUUAGCUUGGAAGACUUCGUUUCUAAUUAUUUUGGAAUCAAAAUAAUGUUCCAGCCAAUUGAAUUCCCUACUUUUGCUCUUGAACGGCCAACACAGGAUAUCUUUUUUGAGGUCAUUGCCCCGUUAGAAAUGAAGUGUAUGCUAGAACGGCAUGUUCUGUUAGCACAAAUUGACGUUGUCAAAUUCAAAGCUCCUAUUCAUGAUUUCCUUAACUACCUGUAUCCUGGGCAAAAAUGUAUUCUGCUUACAGUUUUACCACUUGUAUUGGACACUAUGAAGAACGAUCCAUUUGUUCAAAUUAUCCUUGACCUGAUAGACAUUAGACUGAUUAUAAUCAUACCAGUUAUUAUGCUUCGAAAUGGUUCAUAUGUGAUGUUGCAAAUCAAGCAGUUUUUCAACAACCUUUUUCCAGACAUAAUCACAAAACUAGAUGAUUGGAUCCAAGCUCUAUCCCUAAUCAUUGAAUUAUUGAAUCCAGUUAUUGGAUAUAUGUGCGAGAGAUGGAAUCGAAAUCAAGGCCAUUUAGACAAUAGGGCACCAAAACAGAAUUUAGAAAGCAAUGAGUGUUUAAAUGAACGUUGUAUUUCCUCAAGCCGGGGUAAGAACAGAGGGCUAAAACGUAGAAAGAGUCAAGAAAUUAGGCAAGAGACGGAGGCUGGGAGAAAGAGAAAAUGCAUAUAAGGAUGUAAUGAUCUAUGAUAGUUUCGGUACGGAUUUUAACGGUUCGAUGCAGGUUUCAUUUGGGUGCGUACCGAAUUAAUUUUUUCUUUUAUUUGUUUUAAGAUUUUUUUUUUUAUUGAUUAUCACUCUCUGUCUUUGUCUUGUCAUGC